UGUGCUUCAUUUAAUUUUAAAAGAAACUUCUGAGCAGAGCUUAGAACAAUUUUUUCCCCUGAGUGCCAUUACCCAAAGGUACUCAAAGAACAAUAAGGUGUGACUGUAAUGGCUGCACUGAGUUGUCUUUUGGACAGCGUUAGAAGGGACAUAAAGAAGGUGGACAGAGAACUGAGGCAACUGAGAUGCAUCGACGAACUUAGCUCACGAUGCCUGUGCGACUUAUACAUGCACCCAUAUUGCUGUUGUGACUUGCACCCAUAUCCGUACUGCCUGUGCUAUUCAAAGCGAUCACGUUCUUGUGGCCUGUGUGAUCUCUAUCCAUGUUGCCUGUGUGAUUACAAGUUUUACUGUCUUCGACCAUCUCUCAGAAGUUUGGAGAGGAAAGCCAUUAGAGCCAUAGAGGAUGAAAAGAGAGAGCUUGCCAAACUGAGAAGAACAACAAAUAGAAUUCUGGCUUCCUCUUGCUGUAGCAGUAACAUUCUAGGAUCGGUGAACGUGUGUGGCUUUGAGCCUGACCAAGUGAAAGUUCGAGUGAAGGACGGAAAGGUGUGUGUGUCAGCCGAACGGGAGAACAGGUACGACUGCCUCGGAUCGAAAAAGUACAGCUAUAUGAACAUCUGCAAAGAGUUCAGCUUACCCCCCUGUGUGGAUGAGAAAGACGUAACCUACUCCUACGGGCUCGGCAGUUGCGUCAAGAUCGAGUCUCCCUGCUACCCUUGUGCUUCUCCCUGCAACCCAUUCAACCCGUGCAACCCCUGCAACCCCUGCAACCCCUGUAGCCCCUGCAGCCCAUGUGACCCCUGCAACCCAUGCUAUCCCUGUGGGAGCCGAUUCUCCUGUAGGAAGAUGAUUUUGUAAGGUGUGUGGACCCAUGACUUAGUAGAAGUCAGUGAUACUUCAGCCAGGCAGCUCUUCCAGUGUUUCUCUUCCCCUUCCUAUGGCCCAUGUUGUUCACGUACAUAGGAAACUGAAUACAUAAGUGCGCAUCUG